CAAAUCUGGUUGGUUAUAGUCAGAGCUUAGGAUAUUAACCUUUGUUAUGGCCUUCAUUUCCCAUUUAAUAAAGUGUGUGGAUCAUAGAAUGUAUGUUGCAACUUCCUAGAAGCAAAACGAGAGAUCGAGAUAAAUAUUUCGCCACUUGACAAGGGAAAGAAUUGAAUGUCCGAAUCGAACAGUUAGUCAUUUUCUUAAUAAUAAAUGAUAUAAUUUUUUAUUGUAAUUUUCUUCUUAAAUAUUCUAUACCGAAAAAAUGUUUAUUUGCUUUUAUGUAUGAAGCUUUCAAGAUCAUGUAUAAAUAAAUUUUAAUUUGUAUUGUUGGCGCAACGAUGAAGACCUUGUCCGAAAAAUAUGGCGGAACUCAGCUAGUUGAGGGAAAUGUGAAGGUGAUCAGAAAGUUCUUAGUUUAUUAACAUCGAUGAUCUACAAAUGUUUUAUUGUGAAUAAUAACUGCUAUUGUUCUUGAAUCAAUGAAAAUAUGACUAGCUUUUAUAAAAUAGAGAUAAACAGAACGGAAUGGGAAGUCCCUGAAAGAUAUCAGAAGCUUACUCCAGUAGGCUCCGGUGCUUACGGCCAAGUAUGUUCAGCAUUUGAUUCAAAGACUUCAAUGAAAGUUGCUAUAAAAAAGUUAGCAAGACCAUUUCAAUCGGCAGUCCAUGCAAAGCGAACGUACAGAGAGCUGCGAAUGUUGAAACACAUGAACCACGAGAAUGUUAUUGGCCUUCUGGAUGUAUUUCAUCCCUCGAAAUCCCUGGAUGAUUUCCAACACGUGUACCUGGUGACGCACCUAAUGGGCGCUGACCUUAAUAACAUAGUGAGGACACAGAAGCUCUCAGACGACCACGUGCAGUUCCUGGUGUACCAGAUUCUCCGGGGGCUGAAGUACAUACAUUCUGCGGGCAUUAUACACAGAGACUUAAAACCGUCCAACAUUGCAGUGAACGAAGACUGCGAACUGAAAAUCUUAGAUUUUGGGUUGGCUAGGCCCACUGAAAAUGAGAUGACGGGGUAUGUAGCGACGAGGUGGUACCGAGCUCCGGAGAUUAUGCUGAACUGGAUGCACUACAACCAGACAGUUGACAUCUGGUCUGUGGGAUGCAUCAUGGCAGAGCUAUUAACGGGCCGAACUUUGUUCCCAGGAACUGAUCAUAUUGACCACCUAACACGCAUCCUUGUGCUCUGUGGGACUCCCUCCAAGGAGACCAUUGACAAAAUAACAAGCGAAGAGGCACGGAAUUACAUACAAUCACUUCCUCCUUUGAAGAAGAAAGAUUUCAAGGAUGUAUUCAAGGGUGCCAAUCCUCUAGCCAUAGAUCUCCUGGAGAAGAUGCUGGAGCUGGACGCUGACCGGCGAAUCACGGCAGAAGAGGCGCUCGCGCACAAGUAUCUGCUGCAGUAUGCUGACCCCACGGACGAGCCGGUGUCCGCCCCUUACGAUCAGAGCUUCGAAGACAUGGAUCUGCCCGUGGAGAAGUGGAAAGAACUGGUGUACACAGAAGUUGUGGGUUUCGUACCCCAGUCGUUGCCACAGGCUGGAGAUGCAGCCGUGUCCUAACUUCCUACUUCCUUUGCCCCUUCCUCUCCUCUUCCUCUUCCCCCCGACCAUUCGUUCAAGGACUCGUGCUACUGCGUACGUAACCAAACUAGCUUCCAGAACACAUUUCAUCUUCAAGUGUACCUCGUUGGCUGCUUAUCUUUGCAUGACAUCGUUGCAGCGCAUAGCAGAAAACUGCAGUGAAGUAAAUUUCCAAGCAUUGUGGGAUUAAUUUGUGGUGUAUGUUGUUUAUUUUUUAACAUUUACUGAUGUAAUGGUCACAGAAAAUUUGUAGAUAUAUGCAUAAUUGUAUAUAAUAUUGGUGAUGAGCUACUUUUGUGAGCUGUAGGAUUUGUUUGUUUCAUGUGUUGUAUUUUUGUUGCACAUGCAAAAUCGAGAGUUCGAUUCUAAUUCGUUGAUUGUUUUAGAAUGCACUAAUUGUGGGUUGCUUUAUUCCAUUACUUACUUGAAUUGGAAACUUUUUAUUCUUUCUGCCCUUGGCAAGCAUUAGAAAUGAUCUCUUUGAAUUACAGCACAAUGUUGUAAUGUAGCAUAGUGAUUUAUUUUUAUUUUGUUACUUUCUUGCAUGUUUUGGUAUGUGCUAACAGUGCUGUAAAAGUAUUUUUGAAUGUGCAAAGUAUAUUCAGUUGUGGUAUUGUCAUUGUUUGGAAAGUUCUCUAAACACCCAAAUAUUUACAUAUUAUAUAAAGAAAAAUUAGUUUAAAAAGUUAAUAAAGCAGUUAGUUUAGAGAUUCUAAUUAUUAUAAUUGGAAACUUUAGUUACUGUUGUACUUUCAUGAAAAUGUUGAAUGUGGCAGAACAAAUAUGAUAUACAUUUAGACUUGCAUUUUAGUUAAGCGAACCAAAUUGAUAAUUGGAAUAAAAUCAUAAAUUAAUUUUGUUUUUUUGAUGUUUACAAGGUGUUAAUUUUUGAACUAGGGCUCAGUAUUUCAUCUCUCAUAAUUAAAGACAAGAUUUUGUGGUAUUAUUCUUAGGCCGAUUUCAUUUCUAAAAGAGGAGAUUUCUGUGUUAUUGUUUUUAUUUUUUGUGAACUCAGUUUAAAGAUAGCACAUUUUUCAGCACUUAAAUGUUGAAUGACCAGUGUCAAUUUGACUGAUACAUGAUGCACUUAAACAAUAAAAUAAUUCAUAACAAGCAUGACUAACUACUAGGAACAAUUAAAAUAAAUCAGCAAGUAGUAUAUGUGUGCUUGAAAAUGUACCAAUAUCGUACCGUGUUUUAUGGCAUAAUGGUCGCACGCGCGUAAUUGUCGCAACAAUAUUUUAGGCUGUCAAAAUUGGGAUAAAAAAACUUCUCGUGUAAACGUCACAUGAUGUUUUGGUCCCGCUAGUAGAUGCCGAGCGCUUUGUGUAAGUAUCGUUUCCGUACAAAACUAUGUAUUUUAAAGUAGAAAUCUAAUAUUUAUUCGGUCAUUACCACUUACUUAAUAAAUUAACGGAAAAAUACGAAGUUGUUUGACGUGUAAAUUUUCUUAUAAAGACGUUUUUAAACGUUAUUUCCUUUAUCUGAUCGUCUGCGUCGCCGCGGUGUAGGUGUAAUCUAAAAUUUAAUUUCGGUCAUUACCACUUAUAUAUAUAAUUAACGGAAAUACAAAGUUGUUUGGCGUGUAAAUUUUCUUUUAAAGACGUUUUUAAACAGUAUUUCCUUUAUCUGAUUGUCGGCGUACCGCUUAUAAAAAUGUAGCCAGCGCAUCAUUCAUGUUUGGUUAUGUUGCUUACCGUAUAGAGCGCGCGCACGUAGUUGAAUAUCGAUAUCUUGCCGAUUGGAUGCAACGCGCGCUCUGUGUCAGGUGCCGAGUUAACUACAUUUGAUAGCCCGCAUUCUUUCGUGGCAAGUGUGUACUAUGACACUACGACACAUUCGUUCACGUCAGAUUCAAGUGGCUUGCAUUCGCGUUAAGAGUUUUGGUUUUUCUAUUUAAAGUUGAAGAAAGGUUUUUGUUUAAGGAAUUAUUAAUUUAGAUUGUUUGGCGUACUAUUGUAUACUCCACAUUUUUUUAAAUAAACGUACUUUCCAUCAACGGGUUUUGUUUUUAUGAAUAACUUUACCUAACAAAAAAAAUUUUUCCCUCAUAAUCGUUGCACCCCUACUUUUCAAACUUGAUUUUAGAAUAAAAUGUGCGACGAUUAUACGAGAAAACACGGUAAGUAUGGUGAUUAAUUUAAUGAUUUUUGGUUCCAUUUUGAUGCUAUAUGGUGUUUUAACAUGCAUUUGGGUGUUGUAUGGAGUACUGAUAUGCUUUUUGGUUUUAUCGCAAUUCACCAUAUAUGUAAUUAAAAAUUAUAAAAAUUAACUCUGACAUUGUGAGCUGUUCUUUGUCAGUUGAGUGCAUAACUUUUUUUUGUGUUAGGUGUAAUAGUGCUGUUGCUUUUAUAGCUAGAAACAUUCAGUUGACUAACAGUGAGAUUCAUUAUAAAUAUUAGUUAAAACAAAACUUAAUGAAAUUAUUACGAACAAAAUUUUGUCAGCACUGAAUUCUUCUGUAUGAAUUUGACUCAAAUUUCAAACAAUACCCUCAAACUCAACUCAUAUUUGUUAAAUCUUAACUUGCUUGUGUCUGGCAGUUAUACUUAUAACCUUCUGAGUAGCAGUAUGGUAGGUGACAAGACAACUUUUUUUUAAUUUCAUUUAAACUUCAAAAUGUAAUCAUAUUUGAAAUUUUUUUCUUCAUUUUUUGUUUGUGCACUAUUAGUUAUUUAUUUUAAUUUUCAAUAUAACUGACAUGCCUUUGUGAUAUUGUUAAAAAAUUGCAAGAAAUUUUUGGAAUUUGUGAUUUUGAUUGAAAUAUUUUGGUGUUAAAUGUCAGAGGUUGAAUGCAUCUUUAGCAUUUGUUCACACAGUAUUCAGUAACAUUGUUUUAGCUCUUAACUGCUUUAGCAAUAGUAAUGUAAAUAUAUGAGUGAAAAUACAGUAUAUACUCUUAAAGCUUAUAUGGAAAUACUGAUGAGUAUAUUUGCAUAUACUUAAAAUGUAUUCUACUUCUCUCUUUUUUUUCUCCCCAAAAAUAUUUUUAACAGUCACAAAAUGUUUCUAAGAUUUAAACGGGGUAUUUUCAUUGCAUUGAAAGCCAUUGUGAAUUUUAUUUAAAUGAUUUAGUGUGGGGUUGUUCUUUUUUUUUUUUUUUUUUUCAUUUUUAGUUUUUUUGAAUAAAGAAAAAAAUUGUGGAUAGUGAUAUUGUGUCAUUUAUAAACUCUUGUAUGGGUGGAAAGCAAAAAGAGUUUAAAAAGAUAUAUAUUUUUAAUAUAAAAUUACAAGUUAAAUUAUAAAAAAUGAGUUUUGCUAAUAGUUAUAGAGCUACAAAAAAGCAGUAAUGUCUUUUGAUUUAAACAAUGUAUAAAACUAAUUUUUUUUAUAUAAUUUUCUCAUAUAUAUAGUUAGAAAUAAUAUUUAAAGGUUGUAGGAAUAUUUGUUUUUUAUUUUGACUUACAAGAUACUAGGUAAAUAGAUGUUAGAUCCACCUGAAUUUAAUGAUUUAACAUUAGUGUUAAAUGUUACUUUUGAGAAGUUGAUAUGUACAAUUGUGAAAGACAGCGCUGAAUUAGGUGCCUUUAUUUAGUUUUAGAUAUUUGUGCAAUUUUUUUGUUUGUGAACAGGUAUUAUGUGGUUGUUAAAUAACUUUAAGUUGUGGAUAUGUUUGUGUGUUUUGUGUUUUUUUUUGUUUUAUAGUGAAACUUCCUAUUUGUUUUGGUUGUGCCACUUUCAUUGAAUGUUCGAGUUCAUUAACAUCACCUUUUACAACUUGCCUAGAGUUGGGUAACGAGGUGAGUUUCGUAGAAUGUGCACUAUAAAAUAGGGUGACUAUAGAAUCAUACUGCUUAACUAUGUGAACAAAUAUUUUUUUAUUUUGGCUUUUUUUUAAUGGCAUGGGUUAUGAAGUGAAAAACACUUUGCAAGAAUAUAGUUCAUAAUCUGUACUAAUACAAUGUGUUUUGAAAUAAUUUUUUUUUUUUUUUUUAAAUUAUUUCAACUGUAAUUUUAAUCAAUGCUCAUUUAAUUUGGCCUAAAAUUCUUAGCUGGAAACGUUGCCACCAAUGUUGAUGUUGUUUCUGCCAUGUAAGCAUGAAACUGUGGUUUCGAGGAAUUGUAAAAUGUUAAAGAAUUCUACAUUUUAAUUUAAAAUGCAGUUGAAAAUAGUAGUCAUAAUUCCUGGUUGUAACAUUUAUUUAGCUAUAUAUCAAAUCAGCGCAACAUUCAGAUAGAUGUAAAAUGGUUUCGUUGCAGGCGAGUAGCCUAAAUAAGUAUUUUAAAGUAAACUAGCUUAUACUGAGAUAAUUAUAUACCGUAUUUAUGCAGAUAUAGGCCGCACCUUUUUUCCAAAAUUAUGAUCCCAAAAAUUAGGGUGCGGCCUAUUAGUGAGAUAAAAAUUAAAAAAAAAUUCCCAAAAAAAAA